GAUCGACCGCUAACAAAACCCGAAACUGACGAGGACGCAGAAUCGAGUCGAUAUGGAUUCGAGAGGUGGCUUUCUCGACCAGCUGUGGGCUUCUGAGCAGCCUUUAAAUGAUGAUAAUGGACGCUUUGCGCCUGUUACUGAUACCUUUUCGGACGACCUGUCAAAUUUGGCAGUGUCUGGACAGCAUAUCAACGAACAGCUUCAUUCAAUAGUGAACGGUCAAGAGCAACACUCCGUAGUAUUUCCUCACGAUCUGGAUAACCGCUUUGGACAGCCGCAGUAUGGGUAUUCCCAACCACCGGCUCCACUGAUCCCACUAAGUGCUGUGGAAGAUCUACAGCUAGACAAUCCCUACACUAGCGGUGGUUUCCAGGAUCCCUUCAACCGCACGUUCGCUAAUAGUCUUCCUGUCGUCCAUGAGGGGUACAUUCCAGCCCCGGGUCAAGAGGAAGAAGAUGACUAUCCCACCCUUCCAGCUGGGUAUCGCGACUCAUUGUUCCAUGAUCAUGAGUAUCAAAGUUCUGAAGAUGACAACGAGUAUGAGCGCAUGUUGGCCGAGGAAGAGAUGUUGCGUGAGAUUGAAGAUCAAGACGACCCCGAAAAAGAUAAAGACUAUUCGGAAGACGAGGAACAGCAAGAUCAAGGCGACCUGGACGACUUGGAGGUUGGAGAAGAUUUUGAAGACGAGGAUCGACCCAGAAGGGGAAGACCGAGCACUAGAGGCAUGCGUGGACGUGGACGCGGAUGGCGAGGAGGACGAGGUAGGGGGCGAGGUACAACUCCAGGCCGUGGACGAGGAGGAGGCUCAACUCGUGAUCCACUCUCCACUCGAGGAAGGAAGCGCGGCGGGAAGCCCGGACGGCCCUCGGGACGUAGGGGACCUCGUCCAGUAGCUGACCCAGGCCACGAGUUCAAGGAACUGCAGCGGCAUGCUAACGAGAGAUUCAUUGCGCACGAUUAUCAAACGGCCCUCGAGUAUGCCCAGAAGGCCGUUCAAUUGAACCCCGAAAUCUUCGACGCUCACAAUAUCGUGUCGGAAAUCUACGGAGCAAUGGGUGAAGAGCUAAAGUCUAUCGAAGCUCUGAUUAUUGGUGCACCCACUAAGCGCGAUCCGGGCCUCUGGCAUUUCAUCAUCGAACGUGUCAACAAGCUGGAUACAGAAGAAUAUCCAACUUAUACCGACGAUGCUAAGACAGCUGUUGUCCUUGAGUGUCUCAAUCAAAUUAUUCUCCUUGAUCUCACCAACUACGAAGCGCGAAGUCACAAGCUCGAAAUCGAGGCGCGUCUUGGACAUGUCUCUAAAUGUGUUCAGCUCGGCCGCAAAAUGCUCAAACAGUUGAAGGAGGAUAAGAAAGGUCCAGACACCGAAGUUCUGAAGAUCAUAGCAAUGAUGGGCACGUCGUCAAGAAAGCAUACUAAGCUCCAUCUUGACAAGAUUAUCGAAUGCUUUGACGAAGCAAUCGAGGUUUUCACAGGCCCAAAAAGAAAUCCUACUAGCAGUGACCUAGAUUGGGAGUUGAUCAAUAUCUACCUCGACCUCCUAGACAGGACCGGGAAGCACGAUAAUGCUAUAUCGCGUCUGAAGGCCCUUUCACGUUGGAAGCAAGGCAGACGGGACGAGACCUAUUGGGACGAUCAGCAGGAUGAUCGCGAAUUCGACAUCGAAGACGCGCCUCGACGAAUAACGGUUCUCGAUUUCAGGCGCACGUCGCAAGACGCUAAGUAUGGACAAACGCUGCCGUUGGAGAUCAGGGCGAAGUUAGGUCUCUUUCGACUGCGCAACAGUGCGAGUGACUUCACAGAAGCAAUGCACCACCUUGAGAUGCUUGAACCGGAUGAUCACAGUCCUGGUGCGCUGGUGUGGGAUUAUGAGGAUAUUUUUCGCAUUGUCGCCGAUGCAUUGCACGCUACUGGACAUGACAAGGAGGCUCUACGUUUCUACGAGCCCCUUUACCGGCACAAGUCACAAGAGCUGGGCCUCAUGAGCUUCAUGGGCAUAUACACGUGCUACAAGAACCAAGAAGAGACCGAGAAGGCAGAGCAGAUCAUCACCAUCAUGAAGAAUUGGGAUUCGGAAACUCUGGACGACCUCGCUGUGCUAGCCAAGUUCUUCGAAGACCACGGUAUGCGUGAAGAAGCCAUGCAACGCGCAGAAGCCGUCUAUCGCAAUAGGGCUGCCUACAAACUACGCAAGUUAGGAUUCAAGGCACACGACGAGCUUAGAGAAUACUACUUUAAUGUGAGAAGGCAGGCCCGUGGCAAACACAGUGUGAGGAAGAGUACAGUCAAGAAGAAUAGGAGGUUGAUGAACAAAGCCACUGGCACGCGGGAUCCGGAUGCUAAUGAGGACGAUUCUGGCAACGAGGACAUCAACAAAGCGCUUCCAUCACUUGGCCCACUAUCUGAACGCCCCACACAAGGCUUGUUCCGAAUGAGGCGGUCUGCUCCUAAGCCUUCUAAAGCGCAGACCUUUCUUCCUGUCGAACCUGCGAACGGACCUGUACUGCAGCCUGAGCCACAACCAGGUGCACUUGAAGGGCUGGGUGUACCAGUGGAAGCGAUUGACCACAGGAUUUUCCGAAGAAAGUUGGAAUCUCUUGCCCGCGAGUUUCCCGAUGAACUCACAGCAGCUCGAGCCCAGCAUCGAGAGAUUGUCACUAGUUUCAAGCGGCUGGAUGAGAUCUCCGAUGCAGCCGAAGAUAGAGAUCAAGACGCCGUCAACGAGGUCAUCUCCAUUACUCGGGAACUGAUUGAAGAGUUUUCGUCCUUUGACUUGUUCUACGAUAAUAGAAAGGAUGAGUUCAACGGCUACUUUCGUCGUGUUGGUACUGGUGACCUGUGGAAAGAGUCAGCACUAAUGGUUCUUGCUGUGGUUGCGAACAACGUAGAAGACGGUGAGACGGACCCUGAGCUAAAGGAAAGGCCAGAUAAUAUCCCUGACGACUUUUGGGGUGUCCCAUUCGAUAAAUGGUGUGACGCCUUUGGCCGUUACGCUAUCCUUCUUGCGACUGAAGGAGACGAUCAACGAUGCUUCAGCACGCUCGAUAUAGCUAUGCGCUCCAACAUCUUCCAUCGCAUGAAAGACUAUCACCAGCAGCUAGAGUUGUGCCGUCUAGUCUGCGCUCUCGCCGUCGACGACUCAAACCAAGCAUCUUCUGCGGUGCGCUGGUUGUUGAGAAAAUACCCCUUCGGAAGCGACCUCUUCCGCCUAUACAGCUGCGUCAACCGCCUGUGCUCCUUCCCCGAAGGCUUCGCCUCCGGCCCCGCCCACAAGGUACUAAUGCGCUACAUCAAAACGAUGGACUACGCGCUCCUCACGCCCGAACAACGCAUCUGGUACAACUUCCGCGACAACAGCGACAAGGCAGCGUGGUUCCGCAACGCAAUCUCAUCCGAAAUCGUCGACGCGGUCAAGGACCAUGACCCCGCGCUUUUCGCCCUCUACGCUCAUGUUCUCAUGUGCGGUGGCUCGUAUAUGGCCGCGCUGAAUUAUUACUUCCGCGCCCUUGCUAUCGCGCCCGAAGAUCCGAUUCUCAACCUUUCAAUCGGCGUCGCGUAUAUUCAGCAUGCUAUGAAACGCCUUUCUGAGAACCGCCAGUUCCAGAUCCAACAGAGCCUCGCGUUUAUGCACCGGUACUAUGAACUCCGCACCAAGGACGGCGUUGCGGUGCAUUGCCAGGAGGCGGAGUUCAAUGUCGGUCGCAUGUGGCACAGUCUGGGGCUCGUCACGCAGGCGCUACCUGCGUAUGAGCGGUGCAUUUAUCUCAGUAAGCGGGUCAAGAGCGAGGCGGAAGAUAGGUGCUCGGAUGGGGAGUGGGGUGUUGAGGACUUUGCGACUGAGGCGGCGUUUGCUUUGCAGAGUAUCUACGCCGUUACGGGGAACCUUGAAGGCGCGAGGAGGGUGACGGAGGAGGUGCUUGUUAUUGAGUGAAGAUAGUAAGGUUUUCUUGCCGAGUGUCACGGUAGACGAUGCAUGGGAGGUCAUUACCGCGUCUUCUCGAGAGCACUGUGGUAGGACGUCGGGGUUGUAUGUAUCGUAUUUCAAUGUAUACGCCAUAUUUUACGUCUUCCACGGUGUUACAUCGUACCAUAGCACACACUAGCCUGGUAGAGAUAAUG